AAAUUGUCGGCCGAUUUUCCAAACCUGAGAGACCCCACACACGGCGAUAAAAAAUCACGGGUCUAACAGUUUUGGUCAUUCCGUGUGUGGUGUGCAGCCACACGGCAAUAUCAACACAUCACACACGAACCGAUUUGACUCCCGAGCAUUCUCGUGUCAGACGGGAAAUCUCGCAAAAUCCCUCGAGAUCAAACGUGACUUUAGAGUAAACAAUCAUGGCGGACGAAGAGGAUGCAGUGGCCAUAGUUUGUGCUUUGUUAUUAACUGAAAAAAACCAUAAGAAAAACAAGAAAAGGCGAUGGUCAAAGAGGUGGAGACAACGCGAGCAUGGACUGUACAUGCUUCAUCAUGAUAUGGAGGUUUCUGACAGAGAAGGGGUCAAGGAGCUACUUCGUAUGAGUGUGGAGGAGCUUGAGUUUGUCCUCAAUAAAGUAGCCCCGUUGAUCACAAAGCAAGAUACAAACAUGAGACUGUCCAUUUCUGCGAAGGAGAGACUGGUGUUAACACUAAGAUUUUUGGCAACAGGAGAGUCCUUUACAUCCUUAAACUUCCAGUUUAGAGUUGGAAAGUCAACCAUCUCCCAGAUUGUCACUGAAACAUGUGAAGCCCUGUACCAAGCACUUGCUAAGGAUUAUCUCAAGACACCAACUACAGAGGAGGAAUGGCUGGACAUAGCACAACAUUUUCAUCAAAAGUGGCAGUUCCCCCAUUGCCUUGGUGCCCUAGAUGGGAAACAUAUAAACAUUUUGCCCCCAGCUCAUAGUGGAAGUAUCUUCCGUAAUUACAAGGGGCGGUUUUCUGUGUUAAUGAUGGCUCUUGUUGAUGCCAACUACCAGUUUCUGUAUGUCAGUGUGGGAGCACAGGGAAGAGCAUCAGAUGCAGGAGUGUUUAAUGAGUCAGAUUUCAAGAAAGCACUGGACCAGGGCCUUCUUAAUAUCCCUGCAGCAAAACCACUUCCACAAUCAGACAUACAAGCACCCUUUGUGUUCCUGGGCGACGAUGCUUAUCCUUUGCGCACAGACCUCAUGAAGCCAUACUCAUUUCGUCAGAUGGACUAUCAGCAGAGAGUUUAUAACUACAGGCUUUCUCGAGGACGCAGAGUUGUGGAAAAUGGAUUUGGAAUACUUGCAAACAGGUGGAGAGUAUUCCUCACCACCAUAAUGCUCAACGCAGACAAGGUACAGAAGGUGGCCUUAGCUUGUGUGUGUCUCCACAAUUAUUUGUGUGGGAUUCGGUCUGACACAUAUGCACCUCCAGCCCUGAUUGACUCAGAAGAUGGUGACCACAGAUUUGUGGAGGGUACCUGGAGACAAGAUGGUCUGGGAGCCAUGCUCCCUCUUCAACCUGGAAGACCCUGCAACAGCUCCAUGGCAGCCAAACAAAUAAGAGAAAAGCUGAAGAGCUACUUUGUUUCAUCUGCAGGAAAGGUUUCCUGGCAGGACAACUACAUUUAGGCUCAAACAUGUCAUAAUCAGUUAUUCUUUUUCCCUUUUUUGCAUUGACAAAUGUAUAGUUCUGUAAUUACAACAUUUUUUACUUGUUUCUUCAGUAUAAGUUACAAAUUGUAAGUGUCUGGAAAUGGAACAUGAAUAAGAAAUUGAUACUGAACUGCCUUAAAGGUUGUAUCAGCGAUUUCAGGCCCGAACAUAAAUGAUCACAU